AUGAGGAGUGACGUGGCACGUCUCAGGUCUGGGAAGACGAUUCCAUUGCUUGGAAUGGGAACUUAUUGUCCUCAAAAAGAUCAAGAGAGCACCAUCUCAGCCGUCCAUCAAGCCAUCAAGAUAGGGUAUAGACAUUUUGACACAGCAAAAAUAUAUGGAUCAGAAGAAGCUCUAGGAACUGCAUUGGGACAAGCUAUCUCCUAUGGAACUGUUCAAAGAGAAGAUUUCUAUAUCACUUCAAAGUUAUGGUCUAGUGAUCACCAUGAUCCUGUCACUGCCCUAAGACAAACCCUCAAGACAAUGGGACUAGAGUAUCUAGAUGGUUACUUGGUGCAUUGGCCAAUAAAGCUAAAGCCAGGAGUGAGUGACCCUGUCCCUAAAGAAGAUGAGUUUGAGAAAGAUUUGGGGAUUGAAGAAACUUGGCAAGGCAUGGAGAGAUGCUUGGAAAUGGGUUUGUGUAGAUCUAUUGGUGUUAGCAACUUCUCUUCUAAAAAGAUCUUCGAUCUCCUCGAUUGUGCUUCUGUCUCCCCUUCGGUUAACCAGGUGGAGAUGCAUCCAUUGUGGAGACAAAGCAAGCUAAGGAAAGUUUGUGAAGAGAACAAUAUCCAUGUAAGUGGAUAUUCACCACUUGGUGGACCAGGGAAUUGUUGGGGAUCAACGGCUGUGAUUGAACAUCCUGUCAUCAAAUCCAUUGCUCUCAAGCAUAAUGCCACUCCUGCUCAGGUGGCUCUAAGGUGGGGAAUGUCGAAAGGGGCAAGCGUGAUAGUGAAGAGUUUCAAUGGAGAAAGAAUGAGUGAGAACAAGAGAGCCUUGGAGGUUAAAUUGGAUGAUCAAGACUUGUCAUUCAUUGACCAAUUAGAGGAAUGGAAGAUCAUGAGAGGAGAUUUCCUUGUUAAUCAAACCACUAGCCCUUACAAAUCCAUCCAACAACUUUGGGAUGGUGAGAUUUAA